AUGUCUACGCCUCAGCAGAGCAAAAACGAAAAUCUGAGCGAAAACGUUCGCAAGGUGCUAGCCAGAAAGCACAGGAAAAAACUGAAGGAGGAAAGAGAGUUGUAUAAGGCUACCAAAGCAAUUAGUACACAAAACAAUGCACAGAGAAAAAUUAACGCACAGAACCAACUGUCGUCCAGCAGCUUCGUUAACAGAAUGAAAGACAUAAACAAAGCAUUCCCUCAUAUUAGAACCAAGGAAGACAAAAAUUACAUGAAGGAGAAUUUUAUGAAAAUACAGGAGAAGGUGUCUCUACAGAAGAAGGUCCUGGAACAGAAGGAAGAAGAAAAGAAUAAGAAGCCAUUUAAAAUGAAAAGGUUUGAAAAUGUGGCUUCUAAGGUGGCUAGAAAUUUGCAGAAAGGUGGGGAGGGCUCUCUGGGCGUGAGUAAGGCAACGCAACCGAAGAGGGUCGUCACGGAGGGAUCUUCCCUAGGGCAGGUGGACGAGCAGCAGGUGGAGUAUGAAGAAGGGGAGGAUGAAUAUGCAGGGGAUGAAGAAGAGGAAGUGGUGGAAGAGGAGGGGGAUGAAGCAGAGUACGAAGAAGGAGAAGAGGAUGUAGAGUAUGUGGAGGAAGAAGUAGAAUACGAAGAUGAAGAAGUAGAUUACGAGGACGAAGAAGUGGAAUACGAGGAGGAAGUAGAAUACGAAGAGGAGGAAGCGGAGUACGAAGGGGAAGAAGCAGAGUGUGAGGAGGCGUCCCGCAAAUUCCAAAAUGAGAAGCGUGAAGAUGCAGCCGCAGAAACCAACCCUGUAAACGCACACGCUAAACGCGAAAGCAGCCUCAUAGAGAAACUUUCAAAACGGGGGAGCGAACUACGGAGCAGCCAGGAAAAGAGGAACAACCUCCACAAGAACUUUGGCAAGCUACCCACCUACAUGCUGAAGAAGAAGAAGGACAUUGUGGACGACUCCACGGACGUGCCAGAGGGGUACAGGGUCCUGAAGAACGACGAGAGGAACUACGUCCUAAAGGAACUGCACUCACAACUAACGGAGACAACACAGGAAUAUAAGACAAACAAAGACAAGGCCAAAAAAAUCGAACUGGGGAAAAAACUCAAAGAGAUAAAGGAGUCCAUAGAGCUAUUAAGCAAGCCACACGUCCUCGUGAACGAGAAUUUUUAG